UUUCCUCCUGCUGCGCCUGCGGGAGGAGGCGGGGGGAUGGGAGGGGGGGCGUUAAUGUGCCGCCUGGGAGUGUUGCUGGCCGCCGUGACCUUCGCACACGCUGACCAGACACGCUAAUUAGUCACGCCUCCAGGGAGGGUGCACAUUUUAUUUCCUGCCACACACACACACACACACACACACACACACACACACACACACACACACACACACACACGCAUGCACACACACACAAGGAACAGUGAUUUGCAGUAAGGUCAGAGGUCAUGUGGACAGGAAGUGUGACAUCACAGCGUGUGUGUUUGUGCUUGGAGCCGCAGGGAAGUAAACAAACAUGUCGGGGAUGACGAGCGGCGUGUGCGUGGAGAGCGAUCUGUCCUCGGUCCUCCAGAGAAGCUCCGCCUCCUCGCACCAUCAUCCAAAUCACCAUGGCUACGGUGCACAGGGCCAGGUGUCCACGCUGGCGCCGGUGUUGGACUACAGCAGCGAGAUGGACCGCUACCGCUCGUCCAUCGCCAGCUUCUACAAGACCAACGUUAACAUGGAUGUCACCAGCUUCCCGCCGUCCGCCAAGCUGGCGGCCCGAUUGGCAGCGGCUGCCCCCAUCUUCCCCCCUGCAGCCACCAGACUGGGCGCCAUGGGGGCAGCGCCCUGGGGUUGCCACGACAACAUGAACCAUCCGGCGGCAGUCUUCUGGGGCCGGCCGAAGCCCGCCACCACGCAUCACCACCACCACCACCCAACUCCAACCGCACCUUCAGGUCACAUGACCCCUUCACACCCCCACAGCAGUGUCAUGCACCAGGGCAGCGGGGCACCAGGUGCGGUGGGAGGUGGACGGCCCGACGAGGGUGGACGGACAGAAAAACAUUCACUUCCUGUUGCUCAAACACCCCACCACCACCCUAUGGCGCCGAGCAAUGGGAACUUCCCGCCGGGCUAUGGAGGAGGGGCUGACUGUGGCAUCAACAAGCAAGGACAUGCCCACCCAGAUGUGAUGGGCCUGUCAGAGGGAGGGAGCUGCAACGGGGGAGGGGUUCUCGGGAGCAGCUUCUUAGGGGGCCUGGGCUUACCCCCGGGUGUCAUUGUCAUGGCGAUGGGGUCGGCCGGGGGUGGGAUUUCAGACGCCAGCAGCGCUUUCCAGAUGACGGGCAGCCAGCGAGUGCCGGCGGACUGCCAGCAGCACGCCAACACUUCCCCAUGUCCCGCCUCUACCUCGCCCUCAGGUGUGACCGCGGGGGGUGUGGUCUUGUCAUCGUCGUCAGGGGCGGCAGCCAAGAGAAAGAGGAAACGGUGUGGCGUCUGCGGGCCGUGCAGGCGCCUCAUCAACUGUGGCGUGUGUUCGUCAUGUCGCAACAGGAAGACAGGUCACCAGAUCUGCAAGUUCCGGAAGUGCGAAGAACUCAAGAAGAAGCCGGGGGGAGGCGGGGGAGGGGCACUGGAGGUGAGACCCACAUUGUGUUUGUCACAAUUUAUUAUAGAUUUGUCUUCACCACCUCCCUAAGGAGUCAGCACAAACCAUGGCUAAUUAACACACACACACACACACGCUCCAGCAGAACAUGCACGUUAGCAA